AUGGCGUUUCAAGGUGGGUAUGGAGGACAAGGCGGUGGUGGAGCCGGAGCGGGCGGACAACAAUACGAUCCUGAGACAAUGGCUCAGUAUGAACAGGCCUGGGCUCAGUACUACGCACAACAAGCAGCCGCUGGCACUGACCCAAAUGCCGCUGCUGCAAAUGGAGCUGAUCCAUUUCAGUAUUCUGCUUACUACGCUCAGCAAGGAGCUGCCGGAGCCAAGCCUGGUUAUGAGCAACACGGUGGUGGAUACGACAGCAACCAAGGUGGUUAUGGCGGAGGUGGUGGAUCAUUUGGAGGCGCUGGAGGUGGUGGCCGCGGAGGUUACGAUAGCUCGCGUGGCGGUGGCGGUGGAAGAGGCGAUUAUGGAAAUCGUGGCGGUUCAUUUGGUGGCAGUGGCGGUGGCGGUGGUAGCGAUCGACCUUCUCGUUGGGACGGCGGCGGUAGUGAUCGUUCACGCGAAUCCUUCAGUGAAGGGAACGGCGGUCCUCCGGGUGGUCGAGGAGGCUUUGGAGGUGGUAGAGGUGAAGGACGUGGUGGCGGCAGCAGCUUUGACGGCGGUCGAGGAGGAGGAGGGUUUGGCGGACGAGGAGGCUUUGAUGGAGGACGAGGUGGCGGUCGUGGAGGAUUCGGAGGAAGAGGCGGCGGAGGAGGAGGAGGAUUCGAUGGCGGUCGAGGAGGAGGAGGAGGAUUCGAUGGCGGCCGUGGAGGAGGAUUUGGUGGAAGAGGCGGCGGAUUCGACAGUGGACGUGGCGGUCGAGGCGGAGGUGGUGGUGGAUCGUUUGCAGGACGUGGUGGUGGGGGUGGUGGAGGAGGCGGAGAUGAUCAAGUGGAACUGCCCGAUACUGUCUUCAUUCAAGGAAUCUCCAAAAGUGCCGAUGAACAGUUUGUGAACGAUGUAUUCGGAUCAGCUGGUGAAAUUGCCAUUCAUGACAAGUCUGGCAAUCCACGAGUCAAAAUUUACACGGACCGCCAAUCUGGAGAGAACAAGGGUGAAUGCAUGAUCACAUUUGCCAACCCUGAGACUGCGCAAAAGAUCAUCGCCAUGUAUGAAGGACAACCUUUCCCAGGAACUGAUCAAAAGAUGCGCCUGUCUAUUGCUAAAUUCCGUGCUCGUGAGGAGGGAGGUGGACGUGGUGGUGGUCGAGGAGGAUUCGGAGGACGAGGCGGUGGAGGAUUCGAUGGUGGCCGCGGAGGAGGAUUUGGUGGCAGAGGUGGCGGCGGAUUCGAUGGAGGUCGUGGUGGAGGUGAUAGAGGAGGCCGUGGAGGAUUCGGCGGUGGAGGCGACCGUGGAGGAUUUGGCAGCCGUGGAGGAGAUCGAGGAGACCGACAAGGUGGAUUCGGCGGACGUGGUGGACCACCAGGUCGUGGUGGUGCGCCAGGUGGUGGCCAAAGAGGUGGUCGCGGUGGAGGAGGGAACGCUAACCUCGAACUCCGCCCGAACGAUUGGCACUGCCAGUGUGGAAAUGUGAACUUCGGCUUUCGUCAAGAAUGCAAUCAAUGUCGAACACCUCGUUCAGAAGGUGGAGGUGGAGGUGGAAGUGGUGGACCAAUGCGAGGACCACCAAGAGGCGACCGAAAUAGCGGUGGACGUGAUGGUGGACGCGAUGGUGGCCGAGAUCGAGACAGGAAUCGACCAUAU